AUGGCUCUUCCCCUUAAUUUAUUUUACACACUCAUACCCAUAAUCCUCUUCUCGCUCCUCCUCCUCCUCGCUGUUGUGUCGUCGGGCCUCGACGACAACAAAGCUGAAAUUUACAUCGUCCACGUGAAGAAGAAGAACCCAAGCUUGACCGGUGGUGCCGAAACCGAAGACACUAUCAAGAACUAUCACAUGUCUUUUCUUCCCCAGGGAUCUAAAGACUCCCUGAUCUACUCGUACAUGUACGCCAUAAGUGGAUUCUCAGCAAGACUAACAGCCAAACAAGUCGAAAUCAUCAAGGAGAAAGAAGGCUUUAUCUCGAUCCUCCCAGACAGUACAUCCCAUCUGCUGACGACCCGUUCCCCAGCAUUCCUCGGGCUGAACCAGUGGAGCGGAGCCUGGCCGCGGAUGGGUCUUGGUGAUGGAGUUGUCGUCGGGCUCAUUGACGGCGGGAUAGCCCCAGGCCACCCCUCGUUCAAUGGCUCCGGCAUGUCGCCCCAGCCUGUCAGCUGGAAGGGGAGGUGCGACCUUCCUGAGAAGUUUGGUUGCAACAACAAAGUCAUAGGCGCUCGGGCAUUCAAAGGGGGAAACACCUCCGUCUUGCCGGUGGACAGGUACGGACACGGGACCCACACGGCCAGCAUAGCCGUCGGGGCGUUCGUUCCCAACGUCAGCGUCCAAGGCAACGCUGCCGGGACCGCGUCCGGGAUGGCCCCACGCGCUCACCUAGCGGCGUACAAAGUCUGCUUUGCUGGUGACUGCCAAGCGAGCGACACGCUGGCCGGUAUCGACGCCGCCAUCGAGGAUGGGGUGAACUUGUUGUCCAUAUCCUUGGGCGGUAUGUUCAAACCAUUUUAUGAAAGUGUUAUAGCGAUGGGGAGUUUCGCGGCUGCCAAGAAAGGAAUCCUCACGAGCGUGGCCGCAGGGAAUGAUGGUCCUUCUGCCUCGACGGUGGUCAAUGAUGCGCCUUGGCUUCUCACCGUUGGGGCAAGCACGAUCGAUCGAAGGAUUCGGGCCACGGCGAAGAUGGGAAAUGGGUUGGCGUUUGACGGGGAGUCUGUUUUCCAGCCCAAAAACUUCUCUUCUCAAAACUUCUUACAACUCGUCUACUACAACACGUGCUACAAUGGGUCGCUGGCCGGGUUCGACGUCAGGAACAAGAUUGUGUUGUGCGACGGAGAUUCUAUAACUUCAUCAGCCGAUGAAGUUAAGAAUGCCGGUGGCGCCGCCAUGAUACUGGCCAAUACUGAAGAUGCCGGGUUUAGCCACGAGUCUUAUCUCGUCGACUUACCAUCCACGACGGUGUCCUUUAUUGCUGGCCAGGAAAUCAAGGCCUACAUAACGUCAACAUCCUCCCCGACGGCAACAAUAUCGUUUGAGGGGACGGAGCUCGGUAACCCGAUUUCUCCAGUAGUCUCUUAUUCCUCGUCCAGGGGGCCUAGCGGGCAAGCUCCUGGGGUUUUGAAACCGGAUAUCAUUGGGCCGGGCGAAAACAUUCUUGCUGGGUGGUCUCCUCUGAACCCGAAUAAUUUAGGGAUCAUAUUUGCAAUCGAUUCGGGCACGUCGAUGGCAUGUCCUCACAUCAGUGGGGUCGCGUCCCUGAUGAAGAGCGCCCACCCCGACUGGUCGGCAGCGGCCAUAAAAUCAGCUAUCAUGACCACUGCGUACCUCGUCAACGCCCACGGUAAACCGAUUCUCGACGAGAAACUUUCUCCGGCCAAUAUCUACGCGACAGGGGCUGGCCACAUCAACCCAAACAGGGCGUUAGAUCCCGGUUUGGUCUACGACAUUGCAAUGGAUGAGUACGUCCCGUUUCUGUGCGGCUUGGGAUACACGGAGAGCCAGGUCGAGAUGAUCACGCAGGAGCCAGUCAAUUGCUCGUCGAAAAUCCCUCAGGGCCAGCUGAACUACCCCACGUUUUCGGCUUUGCUCGGCUCGCCCCAGAAUUUCUCCCGGACCGUCACCAACGUAGGCGAGCCCGUAUCGUGUUACUCCGUGAGCAUAGUCAAGCCCCUGGGUGUGAAUGUUAUCGUGAGGCCAUCGAGGAUGUGUUUCACGAGGUUGGGGCAGAAGGCGACAUACAACGUGACGUUUUGCCGCAGCAAGAACGUGACCGGUUGGGGGAAUAAUGAAUCUAUUGCACAAGGCUUCUUGCUCUGGGAAUCAGGAAAGUACAGAGUCAGGAGUGUUGUAGCAAUCAACAUCACUGGAAAAGCCUUCUAA